GCGGGGGUGGCGUUGUGGCUUGAGGGCUGGGAUGUCGGAGCAGUCUAAUGGACUCCAGCACCGGCCUACGGCCUUCGUGCUGGGGCUGGACGUGGGGAGCUCUGUGAUCCGCUGCCACGUCUAUGACCGGACGGCGCUGGUUCGCGGCUCCAGCGCGCAGAAGGUAGAAAAUAUUUAUCCUCAAGCUGGCUGGGUUGAAAUUGAUCCUGAUAUUUUGUGGGCUCAGUUUGUUGCUGUAAUAAAAGAUUCUGUCAAAGAUGCGGGGAUACAGAUGAGGCAGGUUGUUGGUCUCGGCAUAUCAACACAGAGAGCAACUUUUAUUACCUGGAACAGGAAAACAGGAAAGCAUUUUCACAACUUCAUUAGUUGGCAAGACCUAAGAGCAGCUGAACUUGUAAAAUCUUGCAAUAAUUCUCUUCUGAUGAAGGUAUUUCACAGUUUCUGCAGAGUGGCUUACUUUUUCACUAGAAAGAGGCGAUUUUUAACAGGCAGCCAGUUUACUUUCACUACCCAGCAAGUUUCCAUGCGUUUGGCCUGGAUUUUACAGAACAAGACUGAGGUACAAAAGGCAGUUGAAGAAGAAAAUUGUUGCUUCGGGACUAUUGAUACCUGGUUGUUACACAAGCUCACAAAAGGUUCUGCAUAUGCUACGGACUUUUCAAAUGCCAGUACAACUGGAUUUUUUGAUACAUAUAAGAUGUGCUGGAGCAGUUUCCUUACCUACCUGGCUUCCAUACCACUCUCUGUCCUGCCUCCUAUAAAGGACACAAGCCACAAUUUUGGAUCAGUGGAUGAGGAGAUAUUUGGUGUGCCUAUACCAAUACUUGCCUUGGUUGGUGAUCAGCAGUCAGCCAUGUUUGGAGAGUGCUGCUUCCAGAGAGGAGACGUGAAGUUAACCAUGGGAACAGGAACUUUUUUGGAUAUAAAUACUGGCAAUGACCCUCUGAAUGGUACUGGAGAUCUUUUCACAGAUGCUGCUGAGACUGAAAAAAUGGCCACAAGUCUUGAAGAUUCUGAAGGAGUUUAUUUUGUUCCAUCUUUUAGCGGAUUACAGGCUCCAUUAAAUGACCCCUGUGCGUGUGCCUCCUUUAUGGGUUUGAAGCCUUCCACCAGUAAAUACCAUCUUGUACGAGCAAUAUUGGAGUCAAUAGCAUUCAGAAACAAACAAUUAUAUGAGAUCAUGCAGAAAGAGAUCCAUAUUCCUAUCACGAAAAUCCGGGCAGAUGGAGGAGUAUGUAGGAAUGGUUUUGUCAUGCAGAUGACUUCAGAUUUGAUCAAUGAGAACAUAGACAGACCUGCCCACUUCGACAUGUCCUGCCUGGGUGCAGCUUCUCUGGCUGGCCUUGCUGUUGGGUUUUGGAAAGACAAGGAAGAAUUAAAUAAACUGAGGCAAAGCGAAAUGGUUUUCAAGCCACAAAAGAAAUGGGAAGACUAUGAAAUGAAUAUGGAAAACUGGGUGAAAGCAGUGAAGCGCUCCAUGCAUUGGUACAACAAGGCUUGACACUGGUGGACCUGCCCACGGAGUGCAGGGCUGGUGGCCUCAGGGAUCCCAGCACCGGAGAUUCAAUGAGAAAAAGCAUUGCUCUUUUAAAAAACAAAAA